CUGCAGGAAAACAAAGAGCCAGGUAUUGUUGUCACUUAUAUGGAAAGUAAAUUCUGUGAACUGAGGCUUGAACGUUUCACUUGUUCAAUCUGUCUGAUGGCUCAAAGGACUGUCUAUUUUUAGUCUUUCCAACAGGGGAAUGGGAGGGGAAUAAGGGAGACAAGGAAAACAAGAGAAGACAUUUGUGGCACGGCAAUGUCGAUGAGAAAAACUUAACAAGGUAACCGGACUAAGGCACUAAUCUGUGUUUGCUUUGUCUCAUGCAAACUAUUAGACUGUGCAAUCAUUAGCCUUUAGGAAGUGUGAGGUUAGUGCUGGGUGAGGAAGAGGAGGGGGAGGAGAAGGGAUGAGGAGGGAACAACACAUCUUAUUUACCAAGUAAGUGUCUGCUGAAGGAGAGGGAGAAAGUAGAAGAGUGGAUGAAGAUGAGGAAGAUGAGGAAGGGGGCGAGAAUUCCCCCCACCCCCCACCUCUCUGUCUCUUUCUCUCUCACCCUCUCUCCCUCUCUCUAAGAGCAUUAACUGGAGAGUGUUCUGGUAGUGACAGGGCUGUCAGGGUCAGAUGGCUGCUCAGCCUGAUUAGACCAGCUCACAGCAGAUCCUUGGCCUGACACACUGCUCACUGCACUGAUUACUACAGCAAAACACAGCCACACACUGGAACGCAGUGAUAAACUGCUCACUGCAGUGAGGAGCACAAAGAGGAACUGUGGAGCAGAGCCACAGGUUGUUACACAGAAAGACUUUCUGUCUUUGCAACCAGAUAUUACAGAUUCUGCUGGCUGGAGAAGAGUGACAGCAGGUGGACUUUAACUACGGGAAAAAGGCAGAGGAACAACCGUUCAGUCUGUCUGUUUGGACAUGACAGUGAAGAGCUAACUGAACUGCCAGUUGAUGGAGUUUGUGCGACGGAGUGGUGACUACUGCCACGCCCAACACAAUUAGACCCUAUGUGGGAUGAUGCUGCACAAUGUCAUCCUGGGGCCCUGAACCCUGAAAGACUGUUGCCUCCGAUCCUCUGAACGAGCCAGCUGAUGGGGUAACAAGUGGAGUCUCGCAAACCAGAAGCUACCUGGAGAGACAGGGGAGGAAAGAGAGAGAGACAGAGACAGAGGGAGAGGCGAGAAACGGGGAGAGAAAGAGAGACAGCUACUGAGAACGAAAUCGAGAGACAGAGAGAGUGAGAAAGUGAGUAAGGGCUGGAGAGCUCUAAAGAUUAACAAAGACAAGGGACAAACCUGACACACUGUAGCCUCUUGGACUAAAGGACACAGACUAACCAUCAGGACCUUGGAAUAUUUUAUUAGUAAUAAACAGGACGUCCCACAACUGACAGACGAGUCUGCAAACACUUGGAGUCCCACAGAAGACAGAGCAGCAGGUGGUGCUGGUGGAGCUCAAGACACUACAGAAAAAGCACAAAAAAAGCUAUUGCCUGAAUAAAGACUGGAGAUAGAAAAUAUAUUCUUUAAUUUUGGUGAUCUGAUAAAUUACAUUUUUUCAACCCCUGUGUGUGUCCAAAUCCAAUCAGGAAUAAGUGAUAUUAGCAGUAGCCAACAAACCGGUCCUAUGUAAAUAUCAAUAUUAACUACUUCCUGAUGAUAUAUUAAGGUUAGAGGUCAUCCUGCAAAAUUAUAAGUCCAGUUGGCCACCAUGAACCGUCCAGCUCCAGUCGAACUGACCCACAAGAACAUGAGAUUCCUUAUUACCCACAAUCCCACAGACAGCACACUCGGAUCCUUCAUAGAGGACCUGAAGCGUUAUGGAGCAACGACUGUGGUCCGAGUGUGUGACAUCACUUAUGAUAAAUCACCACUUGAAAAAGAUGGCAUCACUGUGGUGGAUUGGCCCUUUGAUGAUGGAGCUCCGCCCCCAAACAAGCUCGUUGACGACUGGUUGAGUUUGUUAAAGAAAACAUUUCAGGAGGAUCCAGGAAGUUGUGUAGCAGUUCACUGUGUGGCCGGACUUGGACGGGCACCUGUGUUGGUUGCUUUGGCUCUGAUAGAGAGUGGUAUGAAAUAUGAAGAUGCUAUUCAGCUUAUCAGGCAGAAGCGUCGUGGAGCCAUCAACAGCAAACAGCUCACCUACCUGGAGAAAUAUCGAUCCAAGCACAGACUCCGUUUCAAAGAUUCCCACACACACAAGACCAAGUGCUGCACUAUGUGAAGCACAUAGCACACUCACACAGACACACUGACACACAUCAUUCUCAGGAAUCCAACCACAUACGCCUUCUCUCACCAGCAUCAAUAUCCCUUUUUGGAUGGGAUUUUAUGAAUGUAAUACUUUUAUUGCUUCAUCUGCUGUUUUUGGUUGAGUACUUUUAUUAUUUUUUUAUUUUGAGGCAAUAUCAGCUUUGAUAAAUGGGUCUGUUAAUCACAUGCACAUUUACAAUUUGUUUUUUUUGGUCAGAAAAAGUUCUAUCAGAUUCAAAAUUGAAACCAACCAAGAUACUGUAUGCACCUACAGGAUGAGGACACUGGAACACGUUGAAUUACUAAAAAUAACAUUGUGCACAUUUAAAUUGGAUGUUAUUAUGAAGAGCUAUGUUAUGAUUAUACACUAAACUAUUAUUCUUUGUGAUUCUGACUAUAGUCUGUUGGAGGGGAAUUAAAAGCAUUUUGUUCUGUGUUUAUUACAAACAAUAUACAAAAAAUAAAAACUUUAAAAGGAUUAAAAAAAUCGCAAACACUAAGCUUUAUAAAGUUUGAUUACAGCCACUUUUUGGUAUAAAGACACUGACUGCGCUUAAGUAUUGUGUUUACAUAUCUGCGAGUGCAUUAUGUAUGCUUGGUUAACUGAGGUCAUUGAAGGAAAAUUGUUAGCAUUAAGUGAUUUCCCAAAGGACGUGAACAAACUCACUGUUGUUUCUGAGAUAAUUACAAGUUUCUAACAUCAAACUGUAAAUUAGAUUAAACUUAAUCCUAUUGGUGACUAUAAAGUUUUUCAAAGAACAAUAAAUCAUUUUUGGCUUCAUGAGUUAAUGAAAAUAACUGGAUACAUAUAAACUGUAAUAUGAUGACAUCCGUUACACCAGCACAUAGCCUGGUGUGUGUAUAUGAUUGAAGCAUAAUGCUGUUUGACCUCACUGUGCUUUGUCACAUCUUUUUGGCUUUUUUUAGUUCAGAAAAGUUUUAUCGGACACACAUAUUUGUAGUAAGUUGUUGUAGUAGUUGUUGUAGUUUCUCUGAUUGACGUGUAUAAACAACUGCUUUUGACUUAUUUCAUUGUAAUUAAGAAAUGUGUCAUGUUAAGUUGAGAAUUUAUUAUAGUUAUAAUGCUUAUCAUAGCUUUUAUGUCACUAAGAAAAUAAUAAUUAGAAAAUAAUGUAAAAUAAGUACGUGUAUAUAUGUGUGUGUGUGUGUCUGGGAGGUUGAUACAAUAUUUUUAAUGUAAAAAAAGGCUGUAAAUGUCCACAUUUAUUUCUUGCAUUGUUUAAUAAAGAUUUUAUCUUUAUUCCUGGUACA